UCCUGUCACUGGCUUAUAUGGACAAGUCAGUCCACGGUCAUGUGACUUGGGCUGCUAAAAACAGCUCCAUCACCCACUCUGAACCAGGGCCUGAAACAAUGUCCUCCACCGAGAGAAACGUAAAGGACACUUGAUCAUACAAUCCUGGGAAUUAUUUCCAGGAAACACUUGCAGAAGCCAAUCUGAGCACCUUUUUUCCUGGCGGUGCACUUAGGGACGGCCAGGAGAUGAGCACUUCUCUGAAUUACAAGUCUUUUUCCAAAGAGCAGCAGACAAUGGAUAACUUGGAGAAGCAACUCAUCUGCCCCAUCUGCCUGGAGAUGUUCACAAAACCUGUAGUCAUUCUUCCCUGUCAGCAUAACCUGUGCAGGAAGUGUGCCAGUGACAUUUUCCAGGCCUCUAACCCAUAUUUGCCCACAAGAGGAGGCACCACCGUGGCAUCGGGGGGCCGAUUCCGCUGCCCUUCCUGUAGACACGAAGUGGUUUUGGACAGACAUGGGGUGUACGGACUUCAGAGGAACCUGCUGGUGGAAAACAUCAUUGACAUCUAUAAGCAGGAGUCCACCAGGCCAGAAAAGAAAUCUGACCAGCCCAUGUGUGAGGAGCAUGAAGAGGAACGCAUCAACAUCUACUGUUUGAACUGUGAAGUGCCCACUUGCUCCCUGUGCAAGGUGUUUGGUGCACACAAGGACUGCCAAGUAGCUCCCCUCACUCAUGUGUUCCAGAGGCAGAAGUCAGAGCUCAGUGAUGGCAUUGCCGUCCUUGUGGGAAGCAAUGAUCGAGUCCAGGGUAUGAUCAGCCAGCUGGAGGACACCUGUAAAACUAUUGAGGAAUACAGCAGAAAGCAGAAACAGGACCUUUGUGAGAAGUUUGAUUACCUGUAUGGCAUCCUGGAGGAGAGGAAGAAUGAGAUGACCCAAGCCAUCACCCGAACCCAAGAGGAGAAACUGGAGCACAUCCGUGCUCUCAUCAAAAAGUAUUCUGAUCAUUUGGAGAAUGUAACAAAGUUGGUUGAGUCAGGGAUCCAGUUCAUGGAUGAGCCAGAAAUGGCAGUGUUUCUGCAGAAUGCGAAAACCCUGUUACAAAAAAUCUCAGAAGCGUCAAAGGCAUUUCAGAUGGAGAAAAUAGAACAUGGUUAUGAGAACAUGAACCACUUCACAGUCAACCUCAAUAGAGAAGAAAAGAUAAUACGUGAAAUUGAUUUUUAUAGAGAAGAUGAAGACGAAGAUGAAGAAGAAGAAGAAGGAGAAAGAGGAGAAGAAGGAGAAGUGGAAGAGGUAGAAAAUGUUCAAAUAGAGUCAUCAGGAGAUGAAAGUCCAGAAAAGUCCUCAGAGCCCUCUCUGCUGGCCUCAGAGCUUCAGACCACCACGGGGGCACUUCUGGUUUCCUCUCCAGAGCCAUCUUCAACCCUGCCACCUGCUGAAAAUGCCCCAAUGACACAGGGGGAGGUGGUGCCCAUUGGCUCUCAGCAGACUACAGAGUCUGAAACUCCAGCCCCGGCAGCAGCGGAAACUGCGGAUCCCUUGUUUUACCCUAGUUGGUAUAAAAGCCAAACCCGGAAAGCCACCACCAACCCACCUUGCACCCCAGGGAGCAAAGAUCUGGGGCAAAUAGGGCCUCCAGGUUCUGAGGAUUCGAAUGUGCAGUCGGCAGAAGUGGCAGAAGCCGCAGCCAAUGAGAGGGCAGCAGUGAGUGGUAAGGAAACUAGUUCACCUGCAGCUACUUCUCAGGAGUUAGCAAUCUGCAUAGCACUUUUGGCUUUUCUUAUACUUCACUACAUCUGGAGUCAGAUUCAGUGCUUGAUUUUUGCUUUAAUGGGUAGGAGUUAUUUUCUUUUCCCUUGACUAACAUCUCAUGUAGUUUCUUCUGUAAUGUUCCUCUUCUGUAGGCCCAGAGAUAAACUUCUCAAACCUCAAGGCUCAGUCACCUAAAAUCAUGUUCACAGAUAAUAUUCAUGACCUCAAGCUCCCUACAAUGCAAUCGCCUCUGCACCUUCCUGAGGGGGCUUGCUCCAUUAUCUAUUCCUGCAUGGAGGGGACCUUGGGCUCAGAAGUGACUCCAUGGGCAAUUAUUCAGUAAUCCAGUAAAAGUGAACCCUUCAGACGGUCAUUAGAUUGUACACAAUGCCAUGAGGACUGUUGUUCUGACAGUAGAAGGAGGAGCAGCAAAAGACUGGUUUGGGAAUAUGUAUGGUUGUUCCUUCAUCAGGAGUAAGGUUUCCUCUUGUUACCUAGAAAUGCCCAGGAGGUAGCUGGAUGAUAGCUCUUGGAGUACUGUCUAGGCAGAGCCUAUUCUGGUGAGCAGGUGGACUAGAUGACUUCUUGAUUCUUUUUGAACCCUCAGUCUCUACAGGGUCUUCCCUGUAAGAGGAGGUCCUGAAAGAAAGAUGUUCUGGACAGAACAAGAAGAAGAUGAGAUAUGAAUGAAUAAAGAACCAGAGAUCAAUGUGCACUUGCCAGUCAUAAAGAAUCAGAACCAAAGAAAAGCCAUAAUGUCAUCCAGCAGUCUGCGACUAUUAUUUUAAGACACAUUUAUCAUAGACAAGCUUUUGCUUGAUGACUGUUAAGAGGUUUGCUUUAGGACUGACAUCUUACUCUGAAUAGUCUUCGGAAGGUUACCAAUUUAAUUAGUAAUGUUUAAAGACCCAAACCUCACAGACUUUAAAUAAAUGACCCUGCUAUCAUAAGCUCUUGCUCCUUGUGCCCUGAGCUCAGAAGCAGUCCAGGGUCCCUGGUGCUGUAAGGUGUUGUUAGCUAUUUCUGACUUCCUGAUUUUUCCCUGAUCUGACAGUGACUCUCGUAGAAGCUCCAUUAUGGGCUCCCUUUCUGCCUCAUUGGCUACUUGCUAGGCAAUGGUAGUGGGAUCUCCAUGGGUACCUGCUGUGUCUGUAGUUGUGUGAGCAGGACCUUUCCCCAGGUCUAACAGUCAGCUGGUAACCUGUGUACGCUCAAAAGGUUCUGAGUGUCCAGAUAGUCUGCUUAGCUGACCAACUCUUCCUCCUGACAUUAUUUGUGGUGAGAGCAUUGGCCAUAGACUCAAUGGGAUAAAAAUGGGGAAAGUGAAAACAACAUGCUUUAUUGAAAACAGGACCUCAUUGUGGAUCUGAAUAAUUGUCUCAAGAGUUCCAUUUACAUUCUGAGAAUGUGGGUUUUGGGAUUUGACACCAUUUAUAUAUCCUUGCAGUAUUCUCUAAGGCUGCAGGGGGAGUGUCACGCUUCAUGGCUGCCAUCCACCAAGCCCAUGUCAUGUAUGCUGACAUCCAUGUGCCUGUGUGGUCAGAUGAGGGUGAGGUGCGGUAGGGUGCUGUGGAUUGAUGUUCACUAUUGCAAAGCACUUUGCUUGUGUAAUUUUGUUUGAGAAAGGACCCUUCACAUAAAGAUACAAAUCUGUUCAUGACAGAGUACCCCUUUGUGAUCCCUGAAAUGUGAGAUGGAUAGGUUCACAGAGACCUUACCAUGGUAGUGAACUCCUCACCCAGUGAAUAUUUUGCAGGCCUGGUUCACCUUCACCACCCUGAAUCCAAUCUGCCAGAUUUGGAUUUGUCCAGUGCAAGGUUAGCCUGUUGGAAUUUCACACUGCACCAUUAUCUUACCUUGAACAUCUAGGAUGUGGCUUGAUUUACUGGUGGCCAGGCCUCUCUUUUCUUGGUGGCCCCAAGUCAGGGAGUGCUGUUGCCUUGGAAACUUAGAAGCUUCUUAGGCUUACUGGCUCAUAGGCAAGCCUACUUCAGCCCCCAUUAGCUGCACUGAAAACCUUUAAGAAGGUAAAUGUUCUAUCCCAGAUGCUUUUCUCAUAUCCGUUCACAGUAAAACCUGCCUUUGACCCAAGCAUCCAGGCAGAUUAUGUUAGAAACCAAUCAUGGUAAAAACCAGAUGUCUCUACCAGGGUGGAACUUUUACUUUUUGUCAGAUCAGAAGAGUAUUUUUGCCUUCCCCAUCCUCAUUCUCUAAGAAAAAAAUAAUAACACUUUCUCAACAAGGUUUGGAUUCAACUUCCUGGCUGCCAUCCACCAAACCCAUGUCAUGU